AAGUCAAACAAUUGCAGUGUGUCUAACUCUCCCUCUCCCCCCUCUCUCUGCAGUCCAGCUGUUGAAAUCGUCAGAGCUGGGUCGCCACAGUCUACUCUAUGUGAAGGAGAUAGGACAUGGUUGGUUUGGCAAGGUUCUCUUGGGGGAGGUGAAUGCAGGUCUCAGCACCACCCAGGUGGUGGUCAAGGAGCUGAAGGCCAGUGCCAGUGUCCAGGACCAGAUGCACUUCCUGGAAGAGGCACAGCCAUACCGUGCCCUCCAGAACCCAGCCCUCCUGCAGUGCCUGGCACAGUGCUCAGAGGUUACACCCUAUCUACUGGUCAUGGAGUUCUGUCCUCUGGUGAGAGAAACAUCCCCUAACUUCAUUCACGGGCCUGUGCACCUGCACAAGCACAACUUCAUUCACAGUGACCUGGCCUUAAGGAACUGCCUUCUGACCUCAGAGAGGACAGUAAAGAUAGGAGACUAUGGCCUCUCACACAGCAGAUACAAGGAUGACUACUUUGUGACUCCAGACCAGAUCUGGGUGCCGCUGCGUUGGAUCGCCCCAGAGCUCAUAGACGAGGUGCAUGGUAACCUACUAGUGGUGGACCAGACUAAGGACAGCAACGUCUGGUCUCUGGGAGUGACUAUCUGGGAGUUGUUUGAGUUGGGGAACCAGCCGUACAGACACUACACUGACAGACAGGUCCUGACAUAUGCUGUGAAGGAACAGCAGCUCAAACUAACCAGGCCCCGGCUCAAAGUACCCCUGGCUGAGCGCUGGUAUGAAGUGAUGCAGUUCUGCUGGCUGCAGCCAGAGCAGAGACCCAACAGUGAGGAGGUACACCUCCUCCUCACCUACCUGUGUGCCAAGGGGGCCAGUGGAGUCCAGGAGGACUUUGAACAGCGCUGGAACUCCCUGAGACCCAACCUGACUGGCAGCUCCACUCACAGCCACACCGCCCCAGCCCCUCCACCACUAACUCAGACUACUGUCCCUGCCCCAGCCCGACCAUCUAUCCCUGGGGACGUGGAGUUGGAGCCGGCCUCCACCCCGCAACUCCUUCCCCUCCUAGAACACUUCUCCCACGACAGCUUCCACUCAGACAGCGGUGACGACAUCCUGACCGUGACAGAGACCAGCUAUGGUGGGCUCAACUUUGAGUACAAGUGGGAGCAGGCGAGAGCCGAGCAGCCAUACUGUUCCUCAUCCACCAGCGGGCCUCUGGGCCAGGGCAACCCUCACUACCAGGACGUAUACUACCCCGUCGGGAACACCUCCACCUCGGGCAGCUGUAAAGGGGACGGAGGGGGUGGAGGGCUUGUUCUGGGGGUCUCCCCAUCCUACUACGAGUCCGACCACUCCGGAUCGGGGUCAGGGUCGGGGGUAGGGGUGGUGCCGGUGUUGAGCGCUCACAGCCCUUCGGUCGGCAGUGAGUACUACAUCCGUAUUGAGGAGCCGGUGGAGUGUAAUAUCAACCUGGAUGAUAGUGUGGUUGACUACAGCCCUGGGUUGGAGGCUGAGGAUGGCAGCCUCUCCUCAGGGAGCAGAACCCCACAGCCCCAGUCCCAGUCCCAGUCCCAGCCCAGUGCCUACUGGUCAGCAGCAGCAGGCGACAGCAGUGGGGGUAAACACAGUACCCAUGACUCUGACAAUAGCCCGGCCUUGUCCCUGACCAUGGAGCCUCUCCUGAGACAGACAGCCAGCACAGCCAGUCCCGUGGAGCUGGGGCGGUCCCACCAGUACUUCUCACCCAAUCAGAGACAGGCUUUCUACUGUGAACAGUCGCCCAUUCGAGAGACGUGUUGCCAAUCACCAGAGGACACGCCCAUAAUGUCCCAGCUGAACCUGCAUCAUCCAAUGGGGAGGCUGGAAACCCCUCUGGGGGUGGGGUCCUCCCACUCCCAGUGCCUGAGUAGCCCUAGUCUGGGACACUGUGACCCCUACCUCGAGGCUAGCCAAGGCUUCUCCACCACAGCCAGGAGGACGGUUAGUGAAGGCUACUAUGACAUGAUGGGUCCCCUCAGAAAGACUCUACCCAUGGCUAAACAUAUUAGCAUUGACGUGGAGACAGGGGAUGGGGGACUUUUGGUGGGGGCAGGAGGAGAGGAGAAAAGAGAAGCCACCAACUGGACCUCCAACCACUCGGCCAAUAACAACAGCAUGACUUUUGACCUUAGGCAGACGGGCCAAUCACAGGACAGCUAUCUGGACCUCCAUUACACCAACACCACGACACACUCCUCUACUGUAACAGGCUCGUGUAACAGUAGCAACAUGUGCCAGCAGCACAGCUCCAGAGCCUUCAGCUAUAUGGAGGCCACAGGGAGAGAGAGCGCUGUCUGCUCUUCCUCUAGCAGACCCAAUGAGGGCAGUAGUGCUACUACAUAUAGUCACCUGUGUCACGGAGCUAGAGAUAAACCUGUGUGUCUCUCAGACCACUCUACCCUAGAUCAUCUCAGAGGUGUUGCUGUUGACUCUCUCUCCAGCUCCUCUGUUGCUGUCAAGUGUGUUAACCUCAAAGGUGGUGUAAAGGACGGCGUCCCCACCACCAAAACUACAACUACGGUGUCUGUAGAGGGACACAGUAAAAACCCAUCUCUGAUUACAGGAGAGAGGAAAUUCUCCCUUCCCAAGAUGAUCCCAGGACCAGGCUGUAUCCAAUCUCCGUCCACAUACAUGGAGCUUGACACUCGCACAGGCCUCAGCACUAAGGCAGUCCUGACAGAGAAGCAGGGGGGUAAUGUCUGGGAGACACCUUCAUAUGUUAAAGACAGAGGUCCAGUGGAGGUGAUGUCUGGUGGUGUGGGGGAGAGGAGGCUGGGGAUGGGGCUGGCCCACCCUGAAGGGGUACUGCUAGAGCCGGUCGGGUCCUUGUUUGAGGCUAGCAGAGGGCUGGACAGUGGGUUGGAGAUGGCCGGUCAUUCCAGCAUCAGCCUAGUGGACAUCAGCAACUGUAGCUACGACGAUGAGGACGAUGACAUAACGGAUAUCACUUCUGGAAUUUUGGCCGACUACUCCCUGGACUAUGCUGACGAGGUAGGAGACGAUCUAAGCCCCGCCCACCACCCCGACGGACGCUCCCUGCAGAACCCGGUGGGAACCCCCGACUCCGUGGACACCCUGGACAUGCUGUCGCUGUCAUUGUCGGUUACCACCGCCAGCCCCUGUGAGGCCUUCAGCCUUGAUGACUCCCUGGACAGUGGCUACGACACAGAGAACAAUGAAAGCCCAGAGUUCAUCCUAAAGGAGGGAGGUGGGAAUGGGGAGUUCCUAUUGGACUGCGAAGGAAACCAGCAACAACACCCAGUCCUCGGUGGGAGCCACCUGGCCCGCGGUGGGGUUAGCCUGGGGCCGAGGUCGGACCAGAUGGUCCUUCAGCAGGUGGACCUGGGUGAUGGGGUUGGGGUCACUCUGUGUACCUCUUCCUCCUCUGGCUGCACUGAGCUGCAGCUAAAGGGACUAAGUGACAAGAAUCCGUUCGUGGACUCUGCCUACUUCUCUGACUACGACGCGGAGAACGAGAGGAGUCCCCAGGAUGAAGGGAGUAACUUCUUCUCCAGUCCAGGAGAUAAGAAGGACUUUGUGGGGCACACAGCCUCGAAACAGAGGAUACGGUCAGCGAGGAGAGAUGAACUCCAACCACAGACGGGGAGAGAGGACGGUUACCAUGGGGGCUGUCUGGCCAAAGAGUCUGCCCCUGACGAUGCUGUAGGCCUGGAGUCUGAGCACAGCGGCGAGGAGCCGGCAUCUGGGUGCAGCUCCACCAUGGUGUCUGAGGGUUCCUCCACAGUGCAGGAGGCUUCAGCCAGACACCCUGACCAGGAGAACCAUCACAGGGCCUCAGAGGAUGACUACUCCCCCAUCCAGUCCCUGGGCUCCGACUCUACCAUAGACUACAGAGAGGAGAGAGGAGGAGAACGAAGAGGAGGAGGAGAAGGCUGGCUACAGCAGACACCAGAACGGUCCUGUUGGCCUACUCACCUCAUCUCCAUCGCUCCUCUCCUGCUCCCCCUCACUCCAGGAGCUGUGUCGGGAGGUGGAGAGGCGAGCUCCUCUAACCGAGGGGAGGAGUCAGACGACAGUGAGUCAGAGGAGGAGCUGCGGAGCUACAACCUGCAGGAGGAGCUGAGCGAGGAGGACAGUGAGGGGGAGGUGAUGGGGGUGCCGGUGGUGGUGAGCGAUAGUAGUGGGUCCAGAAACCUCCGCAGCCUCCUCAAGAUGCCUAAGCUCCUUACACAGUCCUUCUGUGACGAGCUGGACAGGAAGAAGAAAGCCGUGUCCUUCUUUGAUGACGUCACCGUCUUCCUGUUCGACCAGGAGAGCCCCACAGGAGAGCUGGCUGACUUCACGUUUCCCCCAGGAGCAGAGUCCAGCGGCCAGGCCUCAGGCGGGGAGAACCCCCAGCCGGACCUCCAGCCCCACCCCACCAUGGGCCACCACCACCACCACCCCACCAUGGGCCACCACCUCCACCCCCCAGGCAGGGCACCACACGCCUCAGAGGACUCUGAUGGCAACAUGUCAGAAGAAGGUGGAGGGUUUGAGUGGGAGGAUGACAUCCCAUUGAUGACCAGCCCGUUGUCCAGCCCGUCUACAGCUGAGCCACCGGUCUCCGAUCCCAUCCCGGUCCCUGCUGCCAAGCCUCCCGAGGACAAGCCUCCCGAGGACAACCUCCCGAGGGCAAGCCGGUAG